AUGACCCAUCGAAUCAAUCUGCUGCCUGGAGGCGCCUGCACCGGAGGCUGCGAAGCCGAGAUGGCCGCUCUGAAAGGACGGGUGGAGUUCCUUGAGAAGGAGAUGUCAGCUCUAAAGAAGAAAUGUACAGCCUGCACCGGUGGACAGUGUCCGAACAACUGCAGCAACCAGGGCAAGUGCGAGGGGGGGAAAUGCAUCUGCCACCAAGGGUUCAGCGGCCCAGACUGCAGCACGACACCGUGCCCCUCCAACUGCAACAAAAAGGGAAAGUGUGUGAAGGGCAAGUGUGUGUGCCAGCAGGGUUACACCGGCCCAGACUGCAGGAAAGGGGGUGACAAAAGGGUCAAGGUAACCGUGGAAACUGUGACUAUGAAGGUGCCACCUGAGAAGGAAGGCACAUCAUCCAGGAAAAAGACUCAACUGGACAAGACAAUAUUUUUGAAGAAAACAGAUGAGAAGGGACACAAGCAAACUGUGAAAGCAGAUGUUACCAAACCAACAGUUAAACAAGGAGAUAAAACCAACUUGGUCAAAGUGCAAUCCAAUGGCACAACGACAGGGAAAGUUGUGAAGACCGUCGGACAGGUUCUAUGGGAGGCCCCCCAAGGGAUGUUCAAGAACUUCACGGUGAUGAGGAGAGAGCUACACAUUGGAGGCAAAGAGAAAGAUGAACAAGAUGUGGAGGCCACUGAGAAAAGUCACGAUACUGUGGAGAAACUUGGUAGCAAAGGGACCCUUACCAUGAAUGUGACAGAGUCUCAAAAACAGAGUUCUAACAAAACUGUGUCAUCCGCCAAAGCUCAGAGUGCUUCCGGUGUGAACACUGAUGUGAAGAGCAUGAAGAAGUUUUCCCAGGUUCUCUCCGGCACUGCUCGAUCCUUUCACUUCAGAAAUCUCCGGCCUCAAACACGAUACUCCAUCUCCCUGUUCGGCUCUAGCCCUGGAUCACGAUCCAAAAUUUACAGACUCACUGUCUCCACAGGUCCAGAGCCACCCACAGACCUGGUCUUCAGCAACAUAACCGAGACAUCCCUCUCGGUGUCUUGGACCAAGCCAAAAAGCUUAGUAACGGCUUUCAAAGUCAUGUAUGCCAGCCCUGCCAAAGGAGAAAAUGGCUCUAUGUUGGUGGACUCCCAACUGUCCCAUGUCCUUCUCUCAAAUCUGUCCCCUGGAUCAUCUUAUGAAAUCAGCGUCAGCUCUUCUCAAGACAUGACAGAGAGCGAGCCAGUCACAGCCACUGUGGUCACAGUCCCAGAUUCCCCUGCAAAUUUACAGGCAGUAAACAUCACAGACACCAAAGCACUGUUGGUAUGGAAACCAAGCCAGGCCAAAGUUGAUCGCUACAUUCUCAGUUACGGGUCUACAAAAUCUCCAAAUGUAACUGUGACUGUUAUGGUCUCGGGAAAUGCUGUGGAGCAUCAGCUUAGGGGUUUGCAUCGAUCCACCUUGUACACAGUGAAGGUCAUGAGUCAAAUCAACAGUCUCCAGAGCAAGGUAGUCUCCACGGCCUUCAGGACUGCCAGCGCUGUGACAGCUGGUGGAGUGACUUCAAACUCAGCUGUUAUUUCAUGGAAGUCCCCUCGACUGGCUUUCAAAAGCUACAGACUCACUUAUCAGCAAGCGGGACAGCUGGCCAAGGAGGUGAUUCUGAACCCCACGGUGACUCAGUAUGAGCUGACGGGACUGCAUGCCGACACCAACUACACUGUGAAAGUGGAUGGAGAGACAGAGGGACUGUACAUUGUAGUUGUUUCUACUGAAUUCAGCACCGCGAAGCUUCCGUACCCAUUCCCAGCCGACUGCUCAGAGGUGCAGCUGAACGGCGUGCAGAAGUCCGGGGAGGCGGAGGUGUACCCUGAGGGCGGAGACGGGGAACCCGUGUGGGUGUACUGCGAUAUGGAGACGGAAGGAGGGGGAUGGACGGUUUUUCAGAGAAGAAUGGAUGGGAAAACAGAUUUCUACAGGGGUUGGAAAGACUAUGGCAAAGGCUUUGGUCACCUGAGUGCAGAAUUCUGGCUGGGAAAUGACCUCCUUCACGCCCUGACCAGUCUGAAGCCGAUGAGCCUGCGGAUCGACCUUCGGGCAGGAAAUGACACGGCUUACGCCCACUACUCCAACUUCUCCGUCGACUCUGAGGCUAAUAACUACGCCAUUGAGAUCUCUGGGUAUUCCGGCACAGCUGGUGAUUCCAUGAGGUAUCACAACGGCCGCCCCUUCUCCACCAGGGACAGAGACCCCAGUCCCCUCAGCAUUCACUGUGCCAAAGCCUACAGGGGAGGCUGGUGGUACAAAAACUGCUACAAGGCCAACCUUAACGGUCUCUACGCAACCUUCUCUGAGAACCAGGGCGUGGUGUGGAUAGACUGGAGAGGCAAAGACGCGUCCAUCCCGUUCACCGAGAUGAAGCUCCGCCCCGCCUCCAUUACCCAUACAUCCCAGGGUUAG